AGUCACAGGAACAGCUGAGGAGCAGUUGGUGAAAUGAGUCGGGCAGGUCUCAGCACAGGCUGGUAGAGGAGGAGGCUGUUCCUGGUGCCAGUGUCCUGUCCCUCUCGGUGUAUGUGUGGUAACAACAUGUCUGUCCCCCUCCUGGCCGACGCAGUGACUGUCUCAGGGGCAGAGCGGGAGACGGCUGCGGUUAUUUUUUUACAUGGCCUUGGAGACACGGGGCACAGCUGGGCUGACGCUCUCUCCUCCAUCCGCCUCCCCUACGUGAAGUACAUCUGUCCCCACGCGCCCCGGAUCCCGGUGACCCUCAACAUGAAGAUGGUUAUGCCCUCCUGGUUUGACCUGAUGGGGUUGACUCCGGAUGCACCUGAGGAUGAAGUUGGAAUCAAGAAAGCUGCAGAAAACAUUAAAGCCAUUAUUGAGCAUGAGAUGAAGAACGGGAUCCCAGCCAACCGCAUCAUCCUGGGGGGCUUCUCACAGGGCGGUGCCUUGUCACUGUACACAGCUCUCACCUGCCAGCACCAGCUGGCUGGCAUCGUGGCCCUCAGCUGCUGGCUCCCCCUGCACAAGGCCUUCCCUCAGGCGGCGAGUAACGGGGUGAACAAGGACAUUGCCAUCCUGCAGUGCCACGGGGAGAUGGACCCCAUGAUCCCCGUGCGCUUCGGGGCCCUCACGGCCGAGAAGCUCAAGUCUGUUGUCACCCCCACCAAGGUCCAGUUCAAAACCUACCCCGGCGUGAUGCACAGUUCCUGUCCUCAGGAGAUGAUGGCAGUGAAGGAGUUCAUCGAGAAGCUGCUGCCUCGGAUCUAAGCAGAGCCAGUCGAGACUGUGGCAGGGGAGGAGGCCGAGCUCUUCCCUGGCACCCCCACAGCUCCUCCCGCCCCCUCACCGCGUCCCCUCCAGCUGGGGGUGUCCCCUCUCCCUGCUGCUCCCGGAGCCGAGGUUGGAGCUGUCCAAGGCGAGUGUCCCAGUGGCCUUUCCUCUCCUCCUCUUGCUCCGAGUGGUUCCGAGGGGAUCACCAUCCCCUGCACCCCCUGUUCAGGCCCCGCGGUGAGUGGGUCUGGCCUGGCACGGGCGAGGUUUUUUUUUGUUGGGUUUGGUUAUUUUUGUAACAGUAUUAGGGGUGAGAGGAGCAGUGGGGGGCGGCGGGCAGGGCGGGGGCACCCUCUGGAGCCCUCCAGGGCUCAGAGCAGCCCCUGCUCCUCCUCUGGCCUCCUCGGCUCGUCCUCUCCGUGGCUGCUCUUGGCCUCCUCUCAGGUGACUCACGGGUUUUCAAUCAGCUCAGGAACCCGGGACUCUCCUGUGAACACCUAAAGGCCCAGGGAGGGGCUUUGCUCCGGGCUGCUCCUGCCAAAGGCUGCCCCACCUCCCAGGGCUGGGGGAGCUGUGUCCACACGCUCCUGCCCCUCCUGGCACGGGGCCUGGUCCCCGCCCUGUCGCACACGCACACUCCGGGCAGCUCUGCCCUCCUUGAGGUCAUCGUCUCCUUCCUCCUCCUCCUCUUGUUGCUUUUACAAUCUCCUCCUCAGCCUGGCGGGGGGUCCCGAGGUUCUCUCCAUGCCCUCUGAGCCCCAGAAGCUGCUGUUUACAGCUGGUGGCCAAACGGUUUUGACGCAGAGCCCGCCCAGAGCUGCCCCAUCCUGAACGUCUCUCUUGCUGCUACUUCUCCUUCCCUUUGGGCUGGCUCAGGGAGGGAGAGGAGAGGUGAGGAGAGGCCCCCAGGCCCCAGGGAUGGCUCCUGGCACAGCUGGAGGAAGCAGGUUUGCUCCCAGCCAUCAACCUCACCAGCAUCUAAUGCCCAGGGGCUGCUGUGCCCCAUCCUGGGGGGCAGCACAGGGGAGCUCUGUGCCCCCGAGGGCUCUGCUGGCUUUUCCAGGUACAAUCACAGCUUUCCCUGGGGCCCCUUGCCCAGAGCUGCAGCCAGGGCUUGUCCUCAAGUGGUGGCCUGGCCAUGCCAGUAGCUGUGGCCAGGCAGGUCUGAAUGUGUCCCACGGGUGGGCUCCUGGCCAUCCCCUCCUACAGGGCCACGGGCAGUUGCUGUUGAGCAGCUCUGCCCUUCUCCUCCCCUCUCCUCCCUGGGCUGAGCCCACAGCACUGCUGGGCCCUCCUGGGCUGGAGCUCUACCUGACUUUAAAAAAAACAAACCACAAACCCCACCUGGCCCAAGGGCUGUGUCCCCUCCUGUCUGCUCCUGCCUGGCCCCUCGCCCCGCAGAGCUGCUGCUUGGUGGCCAGUGGCUACUGUGGCCAGGCUGGCAGUGCCAGGGCUGCCACCCCCCCCCCCCCGAGGGCUGCUCUGGGGGGCAGGUCCAGGGGCUGCUCCAGCCCUGCCCUCCCUGCCUGGGAUGUGCAAAGCAAUAACCUGCUCCCCGGAGAGUCGGAUCUGUCAGCUCCAUCCUCGGGUGGUUUCUUGGAUUUUUCUUUCCCCCUCCCUUUUAGGAAGUGUGAAACCAGCAACCCUGCUGCUGGCUUCGGGGUGGGGGAGUCCAGCUCUUCCCCUUCUUGCUUUUGGGCUUCAUUCCUGCUGUUUCCUCUACUUUGUCAGUUUUAAAGCUGCUGUGUCCUCCCUUCCCUGGGGGCGAGGAGGUGGGAGGGGCUGGCUGGGACGGGCACACAGCCCCCCCGGGGGCUGCUGGACAGACAGACAGACCUAGUGACUGUGAACUGGAACCGUGUGUGUGGCAGGGGGGGCAGGGACUCGUAGCCACCCCUGGGCACAGCACAGGUGCCCACAGUGGCCCCUUUGCAGAGCAUUCCUGCUCACUCCCUGCUGUGCUGUGGACCCGGGAGGGAGAACAGCUUCUCAUUCCUCGAUGACAGCUUUCUGGGUUUUGUUUUCUUUUUUUUUUUGUCCUUUUUUUUUUUUUUUUUUUCCUUCUCUCUCUCUUUUGUCUUCCUUGUAAAUGUUUGGGGUUUUUAUUUUUUGUGUGUGUGUGUUCCACGGAGUCAGAAACAAGGUUAAAUAAAUCAUAAACCUCUCCCAGA